AUGGAGAUUCCAUCGAUCAGAGGGUUACUUGAUAUGGAAAUAAUGGAGGAUCCUACCUUUCUCCAUCAGUGGCACUUGAAUUCUAUUGAUGAGCCUAGCUUAUUGCCAAUAGCUGCUGCUUUUGGAGAAACAUUACAACAUCAUGCAUUUACUUACCCAAACUCGAACCCCAAAACUUCAAUGGAAACUGCACUUGUUGAUAUGGAUAGACCCACAAAACAUCUCAAAAAUAACAGCUGGAAUCCCAGCAAAACUGCCCAAACAUCAGAGACACAAUUUGUUUCUUUUCCAAAUCUCCUUUCAUUUGUGGAUUCCAAUCACAUAAAUCCAUUGGGAUUUCUGAAGCCUAAGGAUGAGAUGGUUUGUCCUAAAACCAAUAACACAAUUCCUCCAGACAUGAUCACCCAAGGAACCUUGUGUAAUCAAAACUGUGUCUUCAAAACCUGCCAAGAAACCAAAAAGAUUGAGACACGUCCUAAACUUUCUCAACCUCAAGACCACAUAAUAGCUGAAAGGAAGCGGCGAGAGAAGCUCAGCCAGCGGUUCAUUGCUUUAUCUGCUCUAGUUCCUGGACUACAAAAGACAGACAAAGCUUCUGUUCUUGGAGAUGCUAUCAAGUACUUGAAGCAAUUGCAAGAUAAAGUGAGGGCUCUUGAGGAGGAACAAAACAUGAAGAAAAAUAUGGAAUCUGUGGUAAUUGUGAAAAAAUCUCAACUAUCCAAUGAUGCUGAAAACUCAUUUUCUGAAUCUGAUGGUUUAUUUGAUGAGGCACUGCCUGAAAUUGAAGCAAGAUUUUGUGAGAGAAAUGUCCUCAUAAGAGUUCACUGUGAGAAGAGCAAAGGAGUUGUAGAAAACAUAAUCCAUGCAAUUGAGAAAGUCCAUUUGAAAGUCACCAAUAGCAGUGCCAUGACAUUUGGGCGGUGCGCCCUUGAUAUAACAAUUAUUGCUCAGAUGGAUAUGGAAUUUUGCAUGGGAGUGCAGGAUCUUGUGAGAAACCUACGCUCAACUUUUACAUCUUUCAUGUGA